UAUCCUUUAGUAUUUUAACCCAUGCACGUGCGCCUACGGUUUUCGCUCGAUGCUUAGAAGAGGAGACGGAGAUUCCAAAUCACUGGCCUUUACAACCCCCCACGUCUGCUUAUGCUUACCUACUUGUCCGGUUUGUAGCCGCACCACCACCAUAACGAUAACGGCGUAAUCCAUUCCGUCUAACUCGUCCCGUGCGUACCACUGUCCCGGGUAACGUAAGAUACUGCUGUUGCGUGCUUGUGCUUGUGCGUGUGUGUGUGUGUACCAACCCCGGAAAUAUGGCCGGCUCGUCGUUGGAAGGGGAGGAGACAGGUAGCGUUGCGGCAGAAGACAGUCGCAGUGCCAAAAGUGGCAGAUCGAGACCCUCGUUUACCGAUUAUUGGAAACGCACCAAGCAGGCGGCGAGACAUAUCACCUUCGUCUCGAGUAACCCGGAACAAAGCACAGGACCCAGGAAGACCGAUUCGAAUCAGGAGGAAGAGGACAACGGCGACGAUCAACAGGAGGACCACCACCAGAGCGCGCAGGCUAAGGCGCUAGCUCGCCGACAACAGGUCCGCAAGGCGCAGAAACAGCAUCGCCAGAGAAAGGUCAACUACACUAAUCAGCUCGAGAUGGACGUCGCCAAGCUACGCGACUUGAUAGAGCAGACGGAGCGGGAAAGUCUCGCGAUCAGGAACGAGAACGAGACUAUCCGCCGCCGUCUCCUUAGAAAGACGGCCCCAGCCCCGGCCCCGGCUCCACAAGCUAGUCUGAUGCCGCCGGCGUUGACGUAUGGGUCUUCGACGUCUCUGCCGGAGUACACGGUCAGUCUUAUCAACUCGUCCGAGGCCCUGGACAAGCCCAUGUUCCAAGUCCAGCGGGUAUCGGCGCAAUCAUCGUCGUCUUCGCUCGGCGGGUUCGCAAACGAGCAGACGGCUUCUGGUGCGGGUGGUGGGUUUGAAGAUGCCGCCGGGGUAAGGGGGAGGAGGUUGUUGACACAGAUGGAGACUGAUCAGGCAAUCAACUUUAUCCUAGAACUCGAACGCAUCUGCUGGAAUCACUUCCACCCCUCGAUGUACGACCACAACGACUACGACCCAGAAGCACGCGAGCACGGACACUCGCUCAUGGUCAGCACGAUGGCACUACGCAGCGCACCGCCCGAAGCCUGGGCGCAAAUCAGUGGGGAAAAGGCUCGACAGGCCUCACUCCCCUCCCAAUCCCACUCUGCACCUCCUGCCUCCCUAUCUACUUUUCCCUCAGACACCCACGCCCACGCCCACACCCACUCUUCCUCCCCCCAUCCUCACACCCACCCCCACAGCCACACCAACACAAUAACCUCCUGGCCCACCCCCAGCCCCUCCAGCGCCGACCUAACCCUCCAGAACCUGCGCGGCCUAGCCGCCGCCCUGAACCCCAACCCAGAAGAAUCCGCCGAGCUAGCCCCCGUGCAGGCGUGGUUCGAGAUAGCGCGUCUGUACGGCGGCGUCGCGGCCCUUCUCCGCGACCCCGCGCGCCUGGAGCGUCUGCGUGCUGAGAUGGCCGCCGUGGUCGACUGUAUACACUACGGCGCUGUGAUACGGCGUGUGGACUUUGAGAGCACGCUUGAGAGGGUGAUGGGGCCUCCUGUUGGAGGGGGUGGCGGUGGCGGUGGCGGUGGCGGUGGGUAUUCGGAAGGGGGUUGGGUUUGAUAUCUCGGUACGUUAGGUUAGGUGUUUAUCGCCUUGGGGAGGG